GCCGUAGCUCACACCACACAUCCGGCCUGACUGGCAUUUCUCUGCCAUACUAAUUAACACUAUCCCAACUUCUCCACGGUCGUUCAUCUUUGGUUUUUCAUUCUCAACUAGACUAAUUAAUUACCGCAUCGGCGCAGCCAAUUCACUUAGGCAAGCUUUGUCGUUCAUAGCACUCGCUUUAGAUAUCAAGCAUAAAUCCGGUCCACAAUGAAGCUCUCCGUCAGCACCGUACUCGCCUUCGUGGCCGCCGCGCUCGCCUUGCCGAAGUUCACCAACUCGGACUUCACCAUCACGGAGGGUGAGCCCUUCACCUUGAAGUGGGCCGGAGCCGAAGGUCCCGUCACCAUCAAGCUCAAGACGGGUGAUCCGGAGAACCUCCAGACGGUUACCGUUUUGACCACCGGCGAGACCGGUGACGAGUUCACAUGGACCCCCACCGACCUGCCCUCGGGCACAUAUGCCUUUGAGAUCACCGACGAGACCGGCGAGUCCAACUACAGCAAGCAGUUCGAGUACGAGGGCACCGUGUCGAGCUCCACCUCGGUCUCGUCCACUGCGGCCAGCACUGUCACCAGCACCACCUCGUCGGUUUCGAGCACCUCCACCAGCGAAAGCACCAGCAGCGAGAGCAGUACCAGCACCGAGAGCAGCACUAGCACCGAGACCGAGACUUCGACCACUACCCCCUCGAGCGAGUCGAGCACCUCGACCACCCUCACCACCAGCACCACCUCGACUGAGGCCCCCUCCACCACCCGCGAGAGCCAGCCCACCAACACCAUUGCGGACAUCAACGGCAGCCAUCGCUUCGCGUCGCCUCUCGGCUUCGUCCUGGUCACCGUGGCGGCCCUGAUCUUCUUCAACUGAAGAAACCAACCAACCUGGGGCGAGGCGUUUCGGCGUUGUCGGCCAUGAGCAGUAGGAGAUGAACCUAAUGGCCUGUCCUCUUGGAUGUUGUCUUCUUGUACAUAUGUUGUUUCCUUCGACCGUGCCGUGACUCGGGGCACUGGGCCGUGUCGGUUUUGCACAAGCGGGACUAAAGUCGGCCAUUGGCCAACCCAGUGUCAGGGUACCACGGCGUGGGUGAGUUGUGGGGAGGUUCUUAUUUGUUCUGGACCGACGGGAUGAGUGCAUAUGAGGAGUGUUCUCGUGGUUGUUGGGGGCGAGAGGAAGGAAAUCGGUCGACCGCUGUCCGCAUAAUGGUGCGAGUCUAGGUGCCUUUGGUCAUGAUCCCUUUAUCUGCCGAGAUGUAUGCGUUUUAUACGCAUGCGUAUUACGAAAGGAAAGGGGCCUGUGCCAUUGGCCGCUCGCUGUACCUACUGGUCAUGAUUUCGGUGUGUGUGUUCGGGUUGUGUGGCAUGACAUGCGCAAUAAUAUAAUAGUAUUGGCGUCUCUCAGGGGAAAACAAUACCUGUUGCUGUUGG